AUGGAUAUCCAGGACUUCAAUGGAUAUCCAGGACUCACCAAGGAAACGCCUAUGGUGGGAGUUGAGAUGCACAUCCCAAAGACACCCAGACGAAAGGUUAUAAUCUGUCUCAGUGUUACAGCUGUGGUGUUGUUGGCAUGCCUCCUGUAUGGCAGAUCGUCUACUGACACGACAAAGGUGGAGUUGGAUACUGCAGGGCGUCGAUCAAAAUCAAAUUCCAAGUCAGGAUUUCUAGAAAGUACAACAGGUGAUGAGAAGAAUACAACUAAACUGAUACUGUGGUAUUUGCGACCAAAUUAUGUCAAACCUACAAAUGAAGGAGAGUUGCGUCCCUUGAUGAACUGUCCUCAUUUAAACUGUCGGGAAACAUCGGACGUGAAACUGCUACCUCGUGCAGAUGCCGUUGUAUUUGAUGUUCAUCGUGCAAUUAGAGCUGACAAUAAACCGCCCAGAUACCCAAAACAGACCUGGGUGUUUUACGCUCAAGAAUCUCCAGUCAACGUCCGUUCAACUGUGUACAGAAUGGACAGAUGGAGGGCUUCUUUUAACUGGACCUGCACUUACCGACGAGAUUCCGAUGUGUGGAUGCCGUACGGAAUUAUCCGCAAAAGCUCAAAACUGCCGGUAAAAGAUUAUCAUAAGAUAGCAGAAAGUAAAACCAAGAUGGCGGGUUGGGCACUGAGUCACUGUUCAAGUCAGGGCAAGCGUGAAGUGUUUGCCAAGCGACUGGUAGAGCAGGGUAUCCAAGUCGAGAUAUUUGGAGGCUGUGGAAAGAAAUGCGGGAGCAGAAGUAAAGUUGGAUCACAAAUCUGUGAAGACUUGGCAUCUAGGAAUUAUUCCUUUUAUCUAGCAUUUGAAAACUCUCUCUGUAAAGACUACGUCACUGAAAAGUUCUUCCAUAUGUACAACAAAGAUGUCAUUCUUGUAGCACGGGGAGGGGUCCAGUUUUUGGAAAGUCUCCCAAAGGGCACGUUUAUAAAUACGGAUGAUUUUACAAGUGUGAAAGAUCUGGCGGCAUAUCUGAAACGACUACACAACGAUAAGACUGAAUACAUUAACUUUUUAAAAAGGAAAGAUGAAUUUAUUGGACAAGAUGAAUCUCUGACCUACAAACUCAGUCCAACCUCGUUUUGGACACAUUACCAUUACAUUUCCGAACCUGUGUGUGAUAUGUGUAGGAAACUCUUGGACAUUGACAAUAACAGGAACACAUACCCCGAUAUAUACCAGUGGUAUAACGAGGACACCUGUGUUCCCCCGACUGACCUGUAG